UCAUGGUGUGAUUGGUUUUAUUCGGUCACACUGCUAAAACAUAAACAAACUGAAUUGUAUUUAAUUUUUAAUUUACAUUAAUAGCUAGAAAAGUAAAAUGAAUCCCCUAACAAAUAUGAAAAAUGUGCUAAAACUCAGCGAGCAGGACCUGCAACAGGGGGUGGGGAAGAAGAGCUGGCACGACAUGUACCGCGACUCGGCCUGGAUCUUUGUGGCCGGCUUCCCGUACAACCUCUCCGAGGGCGACAUCAUCUGCGUCUUCUCGCAGUACGGAGAAGUGGUAAACAUCAAUCUGGUACGCGACUCGAAAACGGGAAAGUCCAAGGGCUUCUGUUUCCUGUGCUACGAGGAUCAGCGCUCCACUGUGUUGGCCGUGGACAAUCUGAAUGGAAUAAAAAUCAUGGAGCGGACAUUGCGCGUGGACCAUGUCCUGGACUACAAGCCGCCCAAGGAGAACGAAAAGAUGGACGAGGAGACACUGCGUCUCUAUAUGGAGGGUUGUGCACCCAGGCCACAGAUGGGCGAUGUUAAGACUGAAAAAAAGGAAUACAGAAACAAAUUUAAAGGCAAAUAAAAUUGAAUUUAACAUAA